AUGACAAUCUCCAUAUAUCCAGAGCCACAAUCUGUGACUCGUUCUCACAAACUCAACGACCGUGACCACGUUGGCCUUGCCAAUGGCACGGCUCUGCCUGAAGAGCACCUUCCUCGCUACUUUGCCAAAUCCGGCUUCAAUGCCAACAAUGAUCCCAACAGGGUCAAGAAGUCCGGCAAUGGCAAAGGCAACUGGGGCCGUCAUGGAGAAGAGCUCGAGGACAUGGAUGACUUCUACCGCCUUAGCAAGCCUCGUCGCCGCAGCAAUGCUUCCGCCCAACUUCUUGAUGCCAUGACCUCCAAGUUCGAAGUCGUCGAGGCCGAGCCCAUGUUCCGAGAAAGCAUUCACGGUCCUUCAGCCAACGACUAUGCCGCUCUGGAGAAGACCAUGUCCAUGGAGAGUGCUCCCAGUGAGGCAGACACCACCGCUUCUGAGGGUAGUGACGAAGGAUUGACCAAGUAA